CUUCCUAAAGUUCCUUCUUCUGACUAUUGCUUUUUCCACAGCGAUAAGGAAACAGUUAGUGUGGGUACUCAACUAAUUGUCAUAGGGAGAGAAAUAGAUGGAAUUGUGGUGUUUCGCUAUGAGCUAGAGAAUCAUAAGUGGUUCAAAGGUCCUUCAAUGAUCACACCGAGGGCCAUGUACGGUUCUGCGAGCCAUGGUAAAACCGCAUUUUUUGCAGGAGGCAUUAAAAUGGAUGAAAAUGGGAACCCUGUUGUUGUGCAAAAUGUAGAAAAGUAUAAUGCUGAUACAAAAACGUGGACUAUGAUUAAUGGAAUGCAUAAAGCAAGGAAGUUCAGCUCAGGAUGUUUCUUGCGUGGAAAAUUUUACGUCCUCGGUGGCCGAGAUGAUAAUGAUAAACACCUCACUUGUGGAGAAAGUUAUGAUGAGACGACAAAUUCUUGGGAGUUGAUACCUGACAUGCUAAAAGACAUGACAGUCAUUGCGGAUUCCCAAUCUCCGCCCCUUAUUGCUGUGGUUGAUGACAAUCUAUACAUGUUAGAAACAUCUUUGAACGAGCUACGGGUAUAUGAUAUAAACACAAAUAUUUGGAAGAAACUUGGUGUUGUCCCUGUGAGCGCAAACGCUGCCUUCGGUUGGGGGAUUGCGUUUAAAUCGAUGGGUGACAGACUUCUGGUGAUUGGAACUUCUCACUCAUGGCAUAGGAAGACAGUAGUUCACUCGUGCCGUCCUUCUCCAGACGUGGAAGAGCAGCACUGGGAAGAAAUAAAACAUUGGUGUGUUGGUGCUGAGCUCCCACAGUUUAUUCAUAACUUUUGUGUGAUGUUUGCCUAA